AUGAAGUUCCUUAUUGUGUUUGCAUUUUUAAUUUUAGCUGGUUAUAAUAUACGGGCUGAAGUAACGAAGGAGGAAGCACUUGCCAUUGCAACUAGUUGUAAAGAGGAAGUUGGUGCAUCAGAUGCCGACUUUGGGGCCAUUGUUCAACAUCAACCUACCGAGAGCGCUGAAGGUAAAUGUAUGCUUGCUUGUGUUUUAAAAAAAUUCGGUGUGAUGAGCAAUGAGGGUAAACUGAUUAAAGAUACUGCCAUUGAAAUAUCAAAAUCCCUUGUUCAGGAUGAGGAGGAAAAAGAACACAUUGUUGCUGUUAUCGAUACCUGUAACGAGUUGGAUGUUAGUGAUGAUCAUUGUGAAGCUGCUGAAGAAUACGGUCACUGCUGGCGAACUGAAUUAGGUGAUAAAGGUAUAGCUCCUGAAGAUUUAGUUUAA